CUCCUAAGCCCUUAGUAACUUUGAACCCUUGGGUGGUGGUUGUCCCCAGUUUUUUGAAUUAACAAAGGAUUGUUACAAUCAAUUGUCUUCUCUCAUUAUUAGUAAUUGCUUUGCAUUACAAUUUGGUUGAAUUUCCUGAAAGCCAUGGAUUGUCUCAGCUCAAUCUUGGGUCUUGCCCCUUGCUUGUAUGAUUGCACUUCGAAACGUGCAGUCCACAUUUCUGAUCUGAAAGAAAAUGUGGAAGCCUUGAGAGGGGCAAUGGUGGAGCUGAACAAUUUGUCUGAAGAUGUGAAGACGAGGGUUGAAAUCGCAGAGCAACAACAGAUGAUACGCAGAAGGGAAGUGGACGGUUGGCUCAAUGGAGUAGAAAAAAUGGUGAAUGAAGUUGAUGAAAUUCUGCAAAUUGGUGAAGAAGAAAUCCAGAAGAGAUGUCUCAGAAGCUGUCCCAGAUGGAAUUGUUGGUCCAGCUACAAGAUCGGGAAGAAAAUAAGUGAAAAGCUCAAUGCUGUCUCUGUUCAAAUCAGCAAAGGACGUUUUGAUGAGGUGGCUGACAUGUUGCCUCGUCCUCGAGUAGAUAAAAUGCCUAUGGAGGAGACUAUGGGCUCAGAUUUGAUGUAUGAGGAGGUUUGUUGUUGUCUCAGGGAUGAAAGGGUGGGAAUGAUUGGAUUAUAUGGAAUGGGUGGUGUGGGCAAAACCACCCUCUUGAAGAAAAUCAACAAUCACUUCCUUGCAACAUCCACGGAUUUUGAGGUUGUGAUUUGGGCUGUGGUGUCAAAAUCGCCCAACAUUGAAAACAUUCAGGAAGUUAUUUGGAAUAAAUUACAAAUCCCACGUGAUAUAUGGGAAACUAGAAGCAGUAACGAUGAGAAGGCUGCAGAAAUAUUCAGGGUUUUGAGUACAAAGAAGUUUGUGUUGCUGUUGGAUGAUGUAUGGGAGCGACUUGGUCUCCUGGAAAUAGGGGUCCCCUGUCCAGAUGCUCAAAAUAAGUCCAAAAUAUUGUUCACGACCCGAUCAAAGGAUGUGUGCCACCAAAUGAAAGCUCAGAAGAGUAUGGAGGUAGCGUGUUUGGCAUCAGAAGCUGCCUGGACUUUGUUUCAGAAGGAGGUAGGAGAAGAAACACUAAAUUCUCACCAACAUAUCCUGAUGCUUGCCAAGGUUGUUGCCCAAGAGUGCAAAGGCUUGCCUCUCGCUCUUAUUACUCUUGGUCGGGCCAUGGCACAGGUGAAAGAUCCCUCAAAUUGGGACAAGGUAAUACAAGACCUAAGGAAAUUUCCAGCUGAAAUUUCAGGUAUGGAGGAUGAAGUGUUUCGCCCAUUGAAACUCAGUUAUGAUAGGUUGUAUGACAAAGUAAUCAAAUCUUGCUUUAUUUAUUGUUCAAUCUUCCCAGAGGACUAUGCAAUUCAUAAUGAACAACUCAUAGAACUUUGGAUAGGGGAGGGGUUUUUGUCUAGAGUCCAUGACAUAAAUGAAGCACGUGAUCAAGGGCGUAAAAUAAUUAAGAAUCUAAAGCAUGCUUGUUUGUUGGAGAGUUGCGAUGAUGAAAUGGUUAAGAUGCAUGAUCUGAUCCGAGACAUGGCUUUAUGGUUAUAUAGUGAAUGUGGGAUGGAAAAGAAUAAAGUUUUAGUAUGCAAUAAAGUUUCAGGGCUGAAAGAAGUUCAAGAAAUUUCAAAAUGGAAAGAAGCAGAAAGGAUGUCAUUAUGGGAUAGGAAUGUUGAGAAGUUGCCUGAAACAUUGUUGUGUCCCAAUCUCAAGACUUUAUUUGUGAGGGAAUGUUACAAGUUGAAGACAAUUCCAAGUGGAUUCUUCCAAUUCAUACCUCUAUUAAGAGUUUUGGAUUUGUCCCGUAAUCAUAGAAUAACUGAGUUACCUGCUGGGAUUGGUGAAUUGAAAGCCUUGGAAUAUCUUAAUUUGUCAUCCACAGGUAUAAGAGAGCUGCCCAUUGAACUUAAGAAUUUGAAAAACCUGGCAAGUUUGUUUCUGGAUGAAAUAUAUGCGCUUGAAAUCAUUCCGUCGGGAGUGAUAUUAAGCCUAACGUCCUUAAAGUUGUUUAGCAUGUGGUAUGAUUCUGGGAAAAGCAACGGUCUGCGUGGGCAUGAAGAAACCUUGCUGGAGGAGUUGGAGGCCUUGAACAGCAUCAGUGAGGUAACUAUCUCUAUAACUAGUGCUCUUUCAAUCAGCAAAUUAAAGAGUUGUGACAAAUUACAGAGGAGGAUAUGGAAUCUCUUUUUAGUUGAUUGUGGGGAUCUGAUCUCACUUGAACUAUCAUCUUCAUUUUUGGAAAGAUCAAUCCAGUUGGAAAGGCUUGAUAUAUCCAGUUGUGAUGAACUGAAAGAUGUGAAAAUUAAUGUGGAAAGGGAAGGAUGGCAAGGAGUUGUACUUAAUGAUGUUCCUAGCCCAAUCUUCACUGUCGCAGGGGGCCAAUGCUUCCACAACCUCCAUACAGCAUUUAUAGGAUAUUGUCCAAAAUUCUUGGACUUAACAUACCUUAUUUAUGCUCCCUAUCUUGAAUCACUUAGUAUUACUUGUUGUGAAUCAAUGGAAGAAGUGAUACGAGAUGAUGGUGGAGUUUCAGAAGUUGAAGCAAAAUCGGUGAUAUUCACAAGGCUCAAAGACCUUAGUUUGUCCUCUCUGCCAACCUUGAAAAGCCUCUACCAGCAUCCACUGCUCUUUCCAUCCCUAGAAACUCUGGAAGUGUACUCGUGCCCAAGGUUAAGGAGGCUCCCAUUUGACUCCAACACUGCAACUAACAGACUAAACAAAAUUGAAGGAGAGGAAAGUUGGUGGAAUAUGCUGCAGUGGGAAGAUUCAACCGUCAAGGACCUUUUUACUCCCUACUUUCAGACACGGUAACAACAAGUAUUUGUCUGCCUGUAUUGAUGAUUGGGAAUAGUGGUCAUCAAAUUCACUUCAAUCCAUCUUUCAGUUGGCUCUGUCCAGUUCACAUCACUAACUGUGAUUUUGGAUUGCAUGCAGAACAUGGUGCUGCUGAUUUUGAUGAUUGCAGGAUGCCCUACUCUUUUUCCUUUGGGAUUGUAUUCGUUUUCAGGUGCCCAGGUUCCCUUCCCUAGGGGGCUACGUCUCGGUCUGCUUCUAGUUCUGUCUGUUUGCUGGAGUGUGGCUGUAGGUUUGAAGUAAGGGUUGUUCAGUAGUGGAUAAUUUUAAGUACUAGGAUGAUUUUAGAGAGUUUAAAAAAGGUUACACAGAUUUAGAAGCAAGAACAAAGUAGUAAGAUGAGUGGAAGCUCACAUACACCCUCUGUGGACUCAAUUUCAACCAAUUUAGAGUUUUCAAUUAGUUCAUGGCA